UCAAUUGGGGUUUGCUUUUUCUCUAUCAAACCUUUCUUCAAUUCUCCUUCAUUAUUUUCUCCUUUAACCCCUCGUCUCUCUUACUCUUCCUUUCAUUUGACCCUCUAUCUACCAAUCUUUCUCUUCUUCUUCUUCUUCCUCUUGUUGAUUCAGUCAUGGCUGAUCCGUACUUCAAUUAUUUCAAUGAAUCAUGGUUUAAUUAUCCUCCUCUUCACCAUUUCUCUUCGUCCACUUCUUCUUCCAAUCCUUCUUUUAAUAAUUUCAUUUCAAAUCCUUUUGGCUAUCAUAAUAAUUUCUACUCAAAUACCAUCAACUAUCAUCAAUCUUCUUCUUCUUCAUCCUCCCCUCCUUCUCCUCCUCUCAAAGAAGCCCUUCCUCUCCUCAAAUUGAGCCCUACAAGGCAUCAUCACAAUGAAGAUGAACAACAACAUUCCACAUGCACUGCCAUGGAAGUUGAUCAGAAAAGCUUCUUUUCCAUUUCCAACGAUGAUGAUGAAACUGACACCGUUGCUCUCCAUUUAGGCCUCCCAAGUACUACUUCUGCUGAUUUAAUCUCAGGAAUCUCAUCAGAUAAAGAAGAAGAUGUCACUAUUGCAACAACGACAACAACAACAACAACGGGAGUACUCAACAAAGGCCAAUAUUGGAUCCCUACACCGGCUCAGAUUCUGAUUGGUCCAACUCAAUUCUCAUGUCCUCUUUGCUUCAAAACCUUCAACCGAUACAACAACAUGCAGAUGCAUAUGUGGGGGCACGGAUCUCAAUACAGAAAAGGGCCGGAGUCUCUAAGAGGAACACAACCAACCGCCAUGCUGAGGCUUCCUUGUUAUUGUUGUGCUCCGGGUUGCAGGAACAACAUCGAUCAUCCAAGGUCAAAGCCAUUAAAGGAUUUUCGAACCCUUCAAACGCAUUACAAGAGAAAACAUGGAAUCAAGCCAUUUAUGUGUAGAAAAUGCGGCAAGGCGUUUGCAGUGAGGGGUGACUGGAGAACCCAUGAGAAGAAUUGUGGCAAGCUUUGGUAUUGUAGUUGUGGGUCUGAUUUUAAGCACAAGAGGUCUUUGAAAGAUCAUAUUAAGUCUUUUGGAAAUGGCCAUGCGUCUUGUGGGACUGAUUGUUUUGAAGAAGAUGAAGUUGCCUCUGAAAUUGAGCAAGAUAAUGAAUCCUCCCGAGACAUCGAUUAAAUGGGACCUUUUACAGGGCGCCUUUCUUGAAUGAACUGUCUCAACAUCAUUUUCAGCUGACACUUUGUUUAUUUUAUCAUGGCUUCAAAGUUUAUCAGCAUAAGAAAUUAAUUAAUACUUUGAGAGCCAUGGUCAUUUUGUAAAUUUCUUCCUUUUGUUCAUUAGAAGUUUCUUAGUAUUGUGGACUAUUAUUGACUUAUCAAUGUUAAACACAAUUUCUUGUA